AUGUCGCAAAAAUUAAUUUGCCUUGACCCUGCAAAUACGAGCUCUCCGAAGAAUUCGAUUCAGCAAUUAGUAAUUGGGCUGACAAAAGGGAACCAAGAAGAGGAUAGAAUAUGCCAAGAGCUGAGCAGUAUCUCUAAAUUUCUCAGUGACAAUACUGUGGUGGAAAAUAUCCUCAAAGAAGUCAACCAGACUCAAAAUCAACUUACUUACGUCGACUGUCUCGUAAGAGUUCUCGAGUACUUAGACCCAAAGAAACCACAGACAGUGCAAAGUCAUGCCACCAUUGCUGUGUCUUUGUAUAUCAAGGCUAUGGGCGAUGUUGGUAGCGAUGCAGUAUCUGAAUUUCUUCUCAAGAAAAUCCAAAAGGAGACGUAUGAGGAUAGUAUUGUAGCAUUCUCUAUUGCCACCUUUCUCUUUCCAGUCAUUCCCGACCUAAUAUCUAGUCUUUUUCUAAAAGAAGGCUUCGUUUCUAGUCUUGGGAUCAUGAUAAGAGGGACAUGGAAGAGCAACGAGAUGGACUUGGUUGUUUUAAAAUUACUCAAUGCCGCUUGCAUAAGCACACCUUGCCGAGAGGCUAUGCGAGCUACUUGCAUCAGAUGGUUGGAAGAGAUUAUUUUCAAUACUCCUAAAUCACAUAUGGAUUCAUUUCUAUUAGGAAGAACACAACCCGUGGAGAACAAUAUGUCACAAAAAGAUCUUCAUUUUCAGCUAACUUUAAAUCUAGCAUCUGUCAUCUUGAGUAAGCUUCAGGUGGUCACUUCAAAAGCUAUUGAUGCAUCAGGAAAUCAAAGCUCGCCGACAUAUAUAAGUAGCAACGAAUUGCAUGAGAGGCUUAAAAGGAUGCUAUUUUCCAGCUUCUCCCAAGAAUAUUCAAUCGAAGGUCUUGCUUAUUCUUCUAUACAACCCCAUAUUAAAGAAGAUUUAGCUUCGGAUAAAGUAUUUCUCGAAACUUUGAUCAAAGUAUUAGGAAAUGCCCCAGCAAAAUCACCUGAGACAUAUGGUGCCCUCACAAUCUUAAUGAAUCUCACUUUGUACAUGCCAGCUUUAUCAGAAGAGCAAAAGCGAAUAAGUCAAUUGAAAGCUUAUGCCAACGCGACAAAAGAAUCCAAUACAGAUAAAUUAAAUAAUAAUGAAAACGUCCAAAAGCGCUGCCGGGCCAUCUUUGAGGCAGGGGUGAUACCAGUGCUAGUGACGCAUAGCCAGCAUGGUUCCUUACCAUCUCUCACACUUGUAACAUCUAUUAUAUUCUCAUUAUCUAAAUUGCCAAAUAUUAGGGGGAUUAUGGCGCAACAGGGAGCCGUCAAGUUACUUUUGAACGCUUUUUCUACUUUUCCACCUGAUUAUGAGUCUGCUCGUCGGACAACGGCUCAUGCUCUAGCCUGCAUUCUUAUCUCUACGAAUCCACUCCAUGUUUUUGGUGGAGCUAGUCCGCUUUCUAUUGUCUCGGCAAUUAGGCCGCUUGUUUUAAUCUUAUCAGAAGAUCCAGCUAGUCAAACAUGUGACCUCCUACCAGUAUUCGAGUCUCUACUCGCGCUCACAAAUUUGGCUUCGACUGAUGAUAUUGCUCGAGAUCCGAUCAUUCGCCUUGCGUGCUCUCAGAUAGAUGAGUUACUAUUAUCUAAUAACACAAUGAUUACUCGUGCAGCUGCAGAACUUGUAUGCAACUUAGUUCAAUCCCCAGAGGGAGUUCAUAGAUUUGGGCAUGGAGAACAACAAGCAGGUAAUCGUUUACACAUACUAAUAGCCUUGACUGAUGUCGAAGAUAUUGCAACACGAAGAGCUGCCGGUGGUGCCUUAGCUAGCUUGACUGCAUGGGAUACAGUCGUACCAGCAAUUUUAGGACGGGAAACAGGUGUAAAGCGCUUGCUUGCUCUUUGUAACGAAGACCAGGAAGAGCUACGACAUCGUGGUAUAGCUUCCGUACUAAAUCUAUUGAGCGCACCAGGCGAGUCAGGAAUUAGGGCUCGAAUAAAAAUUGAGGAGGAGGCUGGAAUAAAUGUUCUCAAGGAAUGCCUGAAGAAAUCAAGAAGUCAGGAAGUACUUGAUAUCACAGUGGAGGCCUUAAAAAAGUUACUCCCCAACAGUUAA